AUGGAACCUGUAGAGUAUGACGAUGAUGAUUGUGCAACUACCACAGUCAGACUGGAGGAUGACUACUUUGACGAUAAAAAGUCUAGGAUUCUUGAGUCCUCUAUUACCAUGAAUGUCCUUAGUCUUGAUAAAGUGCUCUAAAAAGCAGGAGGUUUUGGUAGAUUUCAAAUAUACAUGAGUGUCGUCUUUUCUCUGAGUUUUAUAUCUGGAAGUAUCCUUGCUUACUCUUCAACCUAUCUAAUUUAAGACCCGGCUUAUUUAUGUAUCAAGACUCCUGGAAGCGAUUAUGAAAGUUGCACUAAGGACGAAGCCUGUGAGAUUGGUUCAUGGAAGAUAGACUGGUACGACCCUAAUUCACUAGACAACUGGAUAAAUGAAUUCAAUCUGAACUGCGCACCUCCUAAGAAGACAAGCCUGCUGAGUUCAAUGUACUAUUGUGGCUAUGCCUUUGGAUGUUUAUUCAUUCCUAGAAUAACUGAUAAGAUAGGCAGACGGUUUCCCUUGAUGCUCUGCAUGAUCUUUCAAUUCCCACUAUACAUGGCUCUCUUAUUCUCCAAAACAGUCGAGCUAAACACUGCUCUUUGUUUUUUCCUGGGGGUAACUUGCGUUGGCAGAUACAAUGGCUGCUUCAUCAACAUCUCAGAGUUCGUGCACACCAAUUACAAAAACCAUGUCUCAACUUUACUGCUUAUUUAGGAUAGCAUAACUACAAUUUUUGUGGCAGCCUACUAUGAAUUUAGCAAGAAUUGGCUGUACUUACAGAUAUUCGGAGUGGCUAUCAGUGGUCUAAGCAUAAUAGGUCUCUGGUUUAUCCCAGAAACCCCUGAGUAUCUUUAUAGCUAUCACAAAUUCUCUCAGUGCAAGUAUAUAUGCAACUAUAUUGCUUGGUUCAACGGGAGAGAACUAAGCUAGACUUAUUCAUUUGAUUUAGAGCAUUAACUUAAAGAGAUUAAUUUCAGUAUUAUCACAGCUGGGUCUGAUUACCAAAAAAGCAGAGAAAUAGAUUAUGAACUGUCAAGGUCCACAAAGAUAAAAAACAGUUUGAAGACAGGAAUUAGGGAAUUUAUGAAGGACAAAGUAUUGGUGAAGAAUUUAGUAGUUAAUGUGCUUUUAUGGAUGGUCACUAUUUGCACUUAUAACAUUAUAACAAUACACUCUAAUUACUUCCCUGGAGACUAAUACAAAAGUGACAUAGUUGGUGCUUGUGUGGAAUUACCAGCCUAUAUCCUGGGAGAGGUUAUCUAUGAAAAAGUAACAGGCAAAAAGCUAUUUUUCUUUAGCUAUAUGUUUGCAGCCAUUGCAGGCAGUCUGAUGCUAACGAACUAGGGUAACAUUGAGAUGAUUGCCUCUUACUCAGCUAGAUUUGGCAUUAGUAUUACCUACUCUGGGAUAUAUCUAUCGAAUGAGGUAUUCCCAGUUUUGUAUUCCUCAACUACAUUUGGAGUAUGCAAUUUCUUUGCAGGAAUAACUGGACUAAUUACCUAUGAAACGAUAUUAAAGCUUGAAGACUAGGUCUAGAUAUGCAUAAUGAUUAUACUCUGCAUGGCAGGCGGAGUCAUAGCCAUAUUCCUGAAGGAAUGA